AUGGCAUCUUCGUUUGCAUCGUUCUUUGCCAAAGAUAAGACUUUUCGUCCGAAGAAAAAAUUUGAGCCAGGUACAAUGCGUUAUUCACUGCACAAACAAGCAAGUGCUUCAUUGAAAUCAGGUCUUGAUUUAAGAGAAAUUGUUAAAUUACCUUCGAAUGAAGAUGAAGAUGAUUGGAUUGCAGUACAUGUUGUGGACUUCUUCAACCGAAUCAAUCUUGUCUAUGGCAUUGUCAGUGAUUUUUGUACUCAAGAAACUUGUCCAACAAUGUCGGGUGGUCCCCGAUAUGAGUAUAGAUGGUGUGAUGGUGUUAAAUAUAAAAAGCCAACAUCAUUAAGUGCACCAGACUAUAUGACUCUAUUAAUGGAAUGGGUGGAAAAUAUCAUCAAUGAUGAAUCAAUAUUUCCCAUACAAGUUGGUACACCAUUUCCAAAGAACUUUCGUUCAACAUGCAAAAAAUUACUUUCACGUUUAUAUCGAGUUUUUGUUCAUGUCUAUGUACAUCAUUUUGAUCGCGUAGUUGAUUUACAAGCGGAACCACAUGUUAACAUGUGUUAUAAACAUUUCUGUUAUUUUUGUCAUGAAUUUGAUCUAUUAAAAAAAGAAGAACUAGCUCCCUUGUAUGAAAUGACCAAUCGAUUAUGUCCCGAACUAUUUAGUGUUGGCAGGCAACAUUAA